AUGUGUACAUGAAGUCACCGCUUUCUUCGGCGACGAUCUCUGUGGUGUUCGGUUUACACGAAAACGAUUUUUCUGUAACCCCGCUUGGACGUUUAUUUUAAGUCAAUCCGCUCGUAAUUGUCAGAGUUUAUUACGCGGAUGGAAGUAAACAAUUUAUUAAUACCAGUUCGGUAUUAUAAAUUUCACAAGGCUGAUUCGCAUAUAUUUUUAUCCUUAACUGAUCGAAUGAAUCGGAUCACUGUUAUCACGUGUCUCGUCUUCGGCACAGCCAGUCCACACCGGAUGUUACAAAGCUCCGCAAAUAUUAGAACGUUUAUUUUCGACUUCUUUAUCAAACACUAAAUCCAGGAAUCUCGAGAUUUCUGGUCCAAAGUCCGCUAGUACCCAAUCACUAUCAAUAUAAGAUCGAAAUAUUAUUAGCCCUCGAUACUUAUCUGAAUUUCGUAGUUUUCGUUAUCUCCUGUUACAUAAGAAGCACUUCUCGUAAGAAAAAGCUGUAAACAAAGCUAGUUGAUAACCGACGUUAUCAACAUCUCAUUUCACAAUCGGAAUGUUGAUCACUCUUCUUUCUUAAGAUCGCGUCAAGUACCAACCGGAAUUAACUGCGUUAUUCAAUUAUGGCUAGAGGAGUACGAAGACUUGAAAAUAUAAAAUCGAAUUUUACUUCUCGAUCUGGUCAGUUCCAUCCGAACGACUCGGUUUCUUUCAAAACACCGCAAAUCUUCGACUUAUCGCGUGUCUUCGGUUGCAGAUUUCGAAUCCCAAGAAACGCACAAAAACAUAGAUAUGCGUAAUUAAAAGGCGACAUCCGAUUUCUGGUGCUUCCACAAGUCGAUCCCUGUUUCGCAACCGGUGAAAUUGAAGGCUUUUUACAUAAUCGCGUUCGGUCGAUUCAUUCGUUGGUGCCCCAUACUUGCCGGUACCGAAUUCCGAUACGCCGGAAGAUUGUAAAGAUAACCGGUUUGAUAGCCGCGAGUCAGGAAGGAAAUCUUCCGUGAGAUCAUGGUGAAAGUGUCCGGAGGCGCGCUGCUCUUCGUGGAGAUCCUGCUGACGCUCCUGAAGAUUCUCUACUACACCGGGGAAGGGAUCUACAGGUUGUUCGUCCCUGUCGAAGAGAAGAGUGUGGCUGGAGAGAUCGUCCUGGUUACUGGUGCAGGUCACGGAAUUGGCAAGGAAUUAGCAUUGAAAUAUGCAUCACUGGGUGCAACAGUUGUCUGCUGGGACCUGAACCAACAAGGAAACGACGAGGUAGUGGAGGAAAUCAAGCAAUUAGGCGGGUCUAAAGCCUACGGCUACAAAUGCGACAUAUCGAACAGAGACGAAGUGUUGAAGGUGGCACAGAAAGUCAAGGAAGAAGUCGGUGAUGUGACGAUCCUUGUUAAUAAUGCCGGCAUCAUGCCUUGCCAUACCUUUAUGGGUCACUCAUCGGAAGAGAUCAAGCGAAUAUUCGAUAUCAACGUGUUAGGACACUUUUGGACUCUGCAAGCUUUCUUGCCUAGUAUGAUCAAGAAGAACCACGGGCACAUCGUUGCCCUGUCGUCAAUGGCCGGCGUCGUCGGUCUCGCGAACCUGGUGCCAUACUGUGCCUCGAAAUUCGCUGUGAGAGGAUUGAUGGAGAGUCUGAAUGAGGAGCUUCGAUCGUCGUCCAAGGACAAUCCUUCAAAUUUGCAAUUCACCACCAUCUAUCCGUACAUGGUGGACACUGGCCUCUGCAAGAAGCCAAGAUUCAGGUUCACCAGCUUCAUGCCACUGGUUUCAGCGAAACAGGCAGUUGAAAAAAUAGUUGCGGCGCAGAGGCGGAACAUCCGAGAAAUAUCCAUUCCCGCGUACUGGCUGUAUGUUAACUGUUUCUUAAGAACUUUUCCUGAAAAGGGCCUAGUCGGCGUGGUGGACUUCUUCAACUCGGGCGUCGAUCCGGACAGCUAACGAAUGUCCCCGAGAUCUAUCCACGCGGUUAACAAAAUAAAAAAAGAAGUCUUGUCAAUGACUCACGUAACAGCUUGUCAACUAUAAACAAAAAAAAAGGAACAGCUUGUCAACUAUAAACAAAAAAAAAGAAACAGUCUCGUUUAUAUAUCUGAUCGGUUUUUUUGGUAUCAUCGUGUGUACAAUUCUGUUUAUAAACUUGCAGAUAAGUUUUUGAUUAGGGAAUGGAACUCCUUGGAAUAUUCCGUUCACUGUCCAUCACUAUCUUCGAACACGGUCUAACUUUCUUUUUUCUCUCGUUGUUGGUGCUCCGCAAGGAGUUGUGCAUAAUAUGUGUAAACCUGAAAAAAUAUUUCUUGAUGUGCAAGAAAGAAGCUUGUAUUUACUUGAAUGUUCUCUUUUCUUUUUUGAAUGAUUCAUAUUAAAUGAAUGUUGCCUGGUAA